AUGCACGACCAGUUCACCCACAUUGUCGUCGGCGCCGGCUCAGCGGGCUGCCUUGUGGCCAGUCGGGUGGCCGAGAACCGGGCCUUCGACGUCCUGCUGAUCGAAGCCGGGCCCGACAUUGACACCCCCACCAACACUUCCUCCAUACCCCAUGGGGUGCAUGAUGCCCGCCGGGUGCCCAUGGCAGGCCAAUCCGCGAUCUUUGACCCCAGGAUCGACUGGAAUCUUGAAGUGGACGUACCUUGCGGCGGGCAGAUGAUUGUCCCGCAGGCGAAGGUGAUGGGCGGAGGGAGCAGAAUCAACGGAGGCACCUUUUUACGACAUACAGAGGCUGAUGCAAGGGAGUGGGUUGCGUUAGGGAAUGAUGGCUGGGAUUUCGAGAGUUCCGUCGCGGUAUACGAAGGACUCGAAGGGGACCCCCUUCGAGGCACACGCGGUCCGCAUCCCAUUGCCAGAGCGAGUAUGGACGAAGCAGGCAAGAUUCAGGCUGCCUUUGUCGACGGCGCUACGUCUCGCGGUCUCCAAUAUAUCCCGGAUCCGCAGGCCACGGGAGCGGAGGGUGUCGGUCCAGCACCCGUCUGUCGUCGCGGCUCCACGCGGGUCAGCGCAGCGGACACUUUUAUCGGCCCGGCCCGGCUCUUCCCUAAUCUUACCAUCUUGGCCGAUUCGUUAGUCGAUCGAGUGCUCUUCCAGGACGGCAAGGCUGUGACAGUUGUGCUGGCCAAUGGCCGCCAGAUACACGCAACCCACGAAAUCAUCCUCUGUGCGGGCGCAAUAUUUUCGCCGGCUAUCUUGCAACGCUCGGGUAUCGGUCCAACGGAGCUACUUCGACAACAUGGGAUUGCGCCUUUGGUCGAGCUGCCGGUGGGACUGAAUCUUAGCGACCAUCCAUGUAUUCCACUCGUCGCGCGGCCACGACCCGGUGCUUACACGGACACGGAUUAUUCCUUGCAGAUGCAAGCGCGAUGGUCGUCGUCGCUGAACCCCGGGGCUAUCGACUUGCAAAUGGUGUGUUUCUCAUAUCUCUUCGCCCAGUCGACGGACCCUUCCAUACAACGAGGAGGCCAGCCGCAACGAAGCUUGGGGGGCAGCGAGACCGGUCAUGUUGCGGGAAUAGGAUGUAACAUAAAUAAGCCCACUUCACUCGGCAUGGUGGCGAUCCGUUCCAGGGACCCGAAUCAGAUGCCGAUAGUACGUCCUAAUUAUCUGAGCACUCCACACGACCGAACUCUGGCCCGAGAGGUUGUGCGCACUGCGUAUGCCGUGCUCACGUCGCCCGCCAUGCAAGCCGUACUCACAGCUCCGCUGGGCAUAACUUCACAAGUUGUAGCCGACGACGUGAUGCUGGAUGGUUACAUACAAGCUCAAUAUUCGACAACUUACCAUUUCUGCGGUUCGUGCCGAAUGGCUACCCGUGAGAAAGGCGGCGUUGUGGAUCAGAGCGGGCGGGUGUAUGGUGUGAAAGGGCUGAGGGUGGCGGAUGCGAGUGUGCUGCCGACGGUGCCAGCAUCGAAUACGAUGGCGAGUACUAUGCUGGUCGGGGAGAGGGUGGGAAGGAGCGUUUGUGAUGGUCGAAGUAUUCAGAAUGCCGCCAGGUCUCACAUAUAG